AGCUGAUAUGUGAAGUGUUUCUCAAAGCCGAGGAGCGCGCCAGUUGUUUCUGUCAGCGGUCAGACACGGAGCUUUUCUGGACAUUUUUGUGACUGGAAACUUUUUUCUUUUUUUUAAAAAAACAAAAAAACAAAAACACUUUAUCCCGACACUAGGAUUAAAGCCUGGUCUGGUGAAAAUGCCCACCACUCGCUCUCAGAGACAGCCAACUCUUCAGUUCCCUAAGCGCAAAUCCUCCAGGGUGUCUUCCCAACCCAAAAGUUCAUCUCAGCCUGACUCCGAGCAUGUUCUGGACACCCGGGCUAUCCCUCUUUCUCCCAGAAAGACAAACUUGGGGGUCCGAACUGGCCCACUCUCUCCUAUGAAAGCAGCCUCGGAUGCCAGAGCCAUCCCGCUUUCUCCUAGAACGAAAAGUGUUGCAGACCUCCAGGCCAUUCCUCUGUCCCCCCGACACCAUAUGCUCCAACACAUCCCUUCAUCUCCGAGACUCCCUCUGAGCCCCAGAAAGCGCACAGGUGACGAGAAUGGAUGCAACCUGCCACAGUCUCUUCAGGGUUCUCCGCCCAAACAGAGCCGACCCUCACUAGGCUCUCCGCGCAAGCUGUCCUUUAAUGAGAACACUCCUGUCUUCGCGUCUCCUCCUCGGCCUACUUCGACAGUCCCAGUUUCGUCUCCCAAACUCUUGAAAGAGCCCACCAAAGCGGAGUCUGAUGCAUCGGAGAAAUUGUCCACCCCUGUCACAAAAAAAUCGCAGUACCAGUUUGUGAAACAGGCCCUUCACACGGCCGUGCCUGAGCGACUGCUCUCCAGAGAGACCGAGCGAGGUGUUAUCGUCUCCUUCCUAGAGAAACAUGUGGUGCCCGGCAAGCCGUCCAGCCUGUACAUCUCCGGAGCUCCUGGAACAGGAAAGACAGCCUGCUUGAACUGCGUGCUUCAAGAACGCAAGGCUUUCCUUAAAGGUGUGCGGACUGUGGUGAUAAACUGCAUGACUCUUCGUAGCUCCCAUUCUAUCUUCCCUCUCCUGGCUGAAAAACUGGGAACGUCCAGAGGCUACAAUGAUGGAAAGCUUGAGAAACUGCUGACCAGUUCAGGCCCCACUGUUCUUUUGGUACUGGAUGAGAUGGAUCAGCUGGACAGCAAGGCCCAAGAUGUUCUCUAUACCAUCUUCGAAUGGCCUUAUCUUCCCAAGUCUCGUCUGUGUCUGAUUGGUAUCGCAAACGCCCUCGACCUGACGGAUCGUAUUCUGCCCAGACUGCAGGCCAAGCCUCACUGCAGGCCACAGCUUCUUCACUUCCCACCCUACAGCCGCCAGGAGCUUGCAGCCAUCGUCCAGGACCGGCUCACACAGGUGUCAGGUGAAGGUGUUCUUGAUGCUGCUGCUGUACAGUUUUGUGCCCGAAAGGUCUCUGCAGUGUCGGGAGAUGCCCGGAAAGCACUAGACAUCUGCAGGAGAGCCGUAGAGAUGGUCGAGUCUAACAACAGAUCCAAAAUGCCUUCUGAAUCGACAGACACCACUACAAACUCAAAUACUAAAGCGCCACGUGUGAGCGUUCCUCAGGUGGCAAGGGUUCUGUCCGAGGUGUACGGAGAUCGCAUGGCCUCCAAUGGGGGAGAAGAAGGAGAAAGUUUCCCUCUGCAGCAGAAAUUGCUGGUCUGCUGCCUGCUACUGCUUACACGCAACGGCAAGAGUCGAGAGAUUCAGCUGGGCAAGCUGUGUGAGACCUACACUAAACUCUGCCAGCAGAGGCAGGUCAGUGGAGUGGGCCAAGGUGAAUGUCUGUCACUGUGCAGUUUACUAGAAAGCAGAGGCAUCUUCUCUCUCAAGAAAGCCAAAGAAGCACGACUCGCCAAGAUCUCUCUGAAGAUCGAGGAGAAGGAUGUGGAGAACGCUCUAAAGGAUCGUGCAUUACUGGGCAGCAUCCUGGCUGCAGGCUUGCCAUGAUCUCCUUCACUACAGCCACGAUCCUCCUGCAUUCAUCUCCAUGUUUCCUCAAGACCUUUAUUUUCACAGCAAUAUUUAUUUUUGUGAUUUUUUUUUUUUUUAAUUUUUCAAGCAAGAUCGCUUUCUGAAAUGUUUUUGUGAAAUUAUUUGAAUUUUUUUUUUUUUUUUAGACUGAGUGUACAUUUUACGUUUUAAUGUAAAUAAAUGUACAGGAUUUUAAAAUCUUUCUUGACUAAUUAUACUAAUAUCAGAAAAGGGCACCACAGUUCAGUUAGUAACUGAUUGAUUUUAUUUUGUAGAUUUUUUUUGUUAUAAAGUAUGAUGUAGAAACACUAUAAAGACAAUUAUCACACAUCCAACAUUCCCACUCAGAGUUAAUCAUCAUUGUGUAAUGCCAAUGAUCUAGAAUCUAAAAGGGGGAAAAAAAAAAAACUAUAAUCAACUCUUGAACCUGGCCACAGCUUGACUGUUGUAGAAUCCUGUUUAGUCGAUAGUGUUAUGAUGUGAUACAGGAGAAAUGAACAUCAUGAUCAGUAGGCAAAACAUUUUAAAACAUGACCACAUGGUGCAGCAGGGGGCAGAACUGGACAAGGUGGGAGGGGGGAAAAAAAAUAUUACCCAAUGCUCUGGAGAAAAUAAGAUUUUAAACGUGAUUAAAAAGUACAAUCAUUUAUUUUUGUGGCUGCUGUGCAAGGAAGAAAAAAAGAAGCCAGAAUAAAGUAUAGAAAUUUGCACUACAAUGACUUUAGUAACUGAUAAAAAGUAAGUUUGCAAGUCACAUGUCCAUCAUUAUGGCACAAAUGCUCGAGUUUAAAAGCUUGAGUUAAUAUAACACUACGAUGUGUUAGAAUGCUCAGCCCUAUGGUGGGUUUAACAAAGCUGUGCUGUGGGAAGAGAGGUUACGUUUAUGUGCUUAUCUGUCCCUUAAAACCCAUAAAACCUCAGUGGAUAAAGCUUAAAGCUGAAUUGGGGUCAAUUGAUUUGCACUGUUCCGUCUCAGUGCUGCCAGCUUUCUCUAUGUGCUUAAGAAAAAACAAAACUGAGUAUAAUCGAUAAAAUCUCUUUGGUAGAUUACCGUUCCUCUUGUGUAAUGAGUUUACAAACCCCCAAGUAACCCUUAAAAUACAUUUUCUACAAAAAAAAAAAAAAAGAA